CAGUGCUCAGGGUCCGGUGUGUCGGUCGCGUGUCCUCCUGCUGUUCUGCUUCACCCCUCUCUCUCUCUCUCUCGUGUCUGUCAGAAUGUCUGACUUCUCAGAGGAUCAGAUUCUUGAGUUUAAGGAGGCCUUCCUGCUGUUUGACCGGACAGGAGAUGGGAAGAUCAGCUACAGUCAGUGUGGAGACGUGAUGCGAGCUCUGGGUCAGAACCCCGUCAAUGCUGAAGUGCUCAAAGUGCUCGGAAACCCAAAAGCUGAAGAGAUGAACAUGAAGAUGCUGGACUUUGAGCAGUUCCUGCCCAUGCUUCAGGCCAUCGCCAAGAACAAGGACCAGGGCUCGUUUGAGGACUUUGUGGAGGGUCUGAGGGUCUUUGAUAAAGAGGGAAAUGGGACAGUGAUGGGUGCAGAGCUACGCCAUGUUCUCACCACGCUGGGUGAGAAGAUGACUGAAGAAGAAGUAGAGACUUUGUUGGCAGGACAUGAGGAUGCAAACGGCUGUAUUAAUUAUGAAGCCUUUGUGCGCCACAUCAUGGCCGGCUGAGUGUUGGAACUCGUCAGGAUGGUGAUGAGCGGUUGAAUAUUUUACACCCAGUUUAUUUUAUUUCCUGUAUGUUAUAUAAUUUUUUUCUGUUCUGCACACAUACCCCUCACCUCCCACUCAUCUUUCCAUCUGUCCAUAGCUGUAAUUUUAGUUUAGUUUUAUUAAGUGCCUUCAAUCUGUUUAUUUUUUUUCCACUGUUCCUGGUCCAGAUGUUGUGAGGAACUGUCCAGUUAAAGUUCUCCUCCAGUGUUUUUCACUCUGUUCAUGUUCGGUCACUGUAAAGCAGAAUUGUUGAUCUGCAGUCAUUCCACAGGAGCAGUGUCUGUAUUCAGGUGACGCAGAAGUGAGGGAGAAAAUCUCACACUGCAGCAAUACAGUUAAAAAAAAAAAAAAAAAAAAAAAAACGUUGGGGUUACUUUACACUUCCCUGGAGAGUUUAUGGCGUCCCGGCACCAUCAGAAACAGCUAGUAAAAGCAGCUCUGUUUCUGAUGCAUUGCUUCAUUUAUCUGAAGACCAAAAAAAAAAAAAAAGUCUGAGUAAGAAAUGCUGCAGUGGACCUUUUAACACCCCUGAGUUCAAUGAGUCCAGCGUGUGUAAAUGUGCACGUGUUAGUUCCCUGUACCGGACAGGGGGACGUGUUUAUAUCGGUAUUUAUUUUUCACACUUCCAAUGGUAUUUGCUUUAUUAUCCUCACCACUGUGUGUCAUAAUGUUAAACUGUAAAUGAAUAAAUACUGAGGUUUCAGAAUAA